AGCAGCCAUUAUCGGUACCAGUCCUCUCGUUGUCCCAUGCUUUCUAUUUAUUAUUUCAUCCGCUCAACUUAAUUUCAUCAUUACAUCAAGUGUGAACUAUCCAUCUCAAUAUGGACUGACUAAUUAUAGACCAUCGUUCUUACGCAGUAGUGUUUUCUUAAAGCUAUAGAAUUGGCCCCUGCUAUCUAAAGUUACAGCCUGUUAUAUUCCGACUCAUCGCUUCGCUACUAUGGCUCCCGGCAGAGCAAGCAUCGAGGUUACGGCUCCCCCGUAUCCGCCCGGGACCGAAGAAGAGGUUAAGUGCCUUCCAGAGGGCCGACAUUUUACUCUUCGAGGUGUUGCCGCCGGUCUACUCGUCGGGCUGAUAAUAUGUUUCAGUAAUAUGUACUUCGGGUUACAGACUGGCUGGAUUUCUAUGAUGACAAUGCCUGCUAGUCUAUUAGGCUUUGGUAUCUUUAAGACUCUGUCACGUCACCUAACGUUUCCAUUCUCCCCCGUGGAAAAUGUGCUUGUGCAAUCUGUGGCAGGCGGUAUGGCAAUCAUGCCUCUUGGUUGCGGAUUCGUAGGCGUGAUACCGGCUAUGGAGUAUAUGAUGGACUCAUCAGAGCAAGGUCCGAUAAGACUAAGCAUGUGGAAACUCAUAAUUUGGUCUCUAGGUCUUUGCUACUUUGGUGUCGUAUUUGCUGUUCCGUUGCGUCGUCAAGUGAUCAUCAGAGAACAAUUGAAAUUCCCAAGUGGAUUCAGUACCGCGGUUCUGAUUGGGGUCCUUCAUGGCAAAGGACAAACUCAAAACAGCGGCGCAUUGGAUACAUCGAAAGCUGCUACUUUUGGCAGUCUAGCACUUGAGAAUCAACCACUUCUACAAACCGAAGGUGCCGAUGACGGGGGUGAUGUAGCUGAUUCGACUGGUGGACUACCGCCCGCUGCUGAGUCGACAAAGCCUUAUAACUGGGGUUCUAAUAUCCGGCUACUUCUGAUUACGUUUGGAAUAUCUGGCUUAUACACCCUCUGCACUUAUUUCUUUCCCAUACUUAGGAACCUCCCUAUCUUCGGAACGGUGGCAGCAGACACUUGGCUCUGGACUCUAAAUCCAAGCCUCGCGUACGUCGGUCAAGGUAUUAUAAUGGGUCCUUCUACAACUAUACAUAUGCUUCUUGGAGCGGUAGUUGGCUGGGGCAUUCUAUCUCCCCUUGCUAAAUCUCGAGGCUGGGCCCCAGGGCCGGUCGAUGAUUGGGAGGAAGGUAGUAGAGGCUGGAUUGUCUGGACUUCUCUUGCUAUUAUGCUAUCAGAUGCCAUUGUCAGCUUAGGAUAUAUUGCCUUCGCCCCCCUUCUAAAGAAUUAUCCGUCUAUCUUUGCCAGCAUCAGACGGCGAUUUCAGUAUGAUGGGCUCAAGAGUUUAUUCUUUAGUCGAUCCAGAGGGUACACAGCUAUUCAGAACAGCGAAGACGACCCGAGAACUUCAGUAGCCACGAGGCGCUCAGAGGACGUAGAUGGUCUACCAAGCCCGUUAGUUGAGCGCAGGAAUCCUUUCGACACACAACCGACUGAUACCCAAAGAGCCUGGGAUCAAGAUGACGCACCCCCCGAUCAACUAGUCGGAAACAGAACAGUUAGUGUUGGUCUCGUUGCAUCGGUCCUCUUUUGCAUCGCUAGCAUUCAUAUCACGUUUGGCGAUCUAGUUCCCCUAUAUGCCACUAUCAUAGCCGUUCUAAUGGCAAUGGUUUUGAGCAUAAUGGGAGUUCGAGCGCUAGGUGAAACGGACCUGAAUCCCGUUUCCGGAAUCAGCAAGCUAGCACAGCUUUUCUUCGCAUUAAUUAUCCCACAGUCUCACAAAUCAAGUGUCCUCAUUAAUUUGGUGGCUGGCGCUGUAUCGGAAGCUGGUGCAUUACAAGCGGGUGAUCUCAUGCAAGAUCUGAAGACCGGCCACUUACUGGGUGCAGCGCCGAAAGCGCAGUUCUGGGGCCAGAUCAUCGGCGCGACUGUGGGUGCUGUUGUCAGUGCGUUCAUCUAUCGGUUAUACACUGCUGUAUACGAAGUUCCUGGGGACCUAUUCCAAGUACCAACCGGCCGCGUGUGGAUCGCAACUGCAAGAUUGGUCACUGGGAAGGGAUUGCCAGAUAUGGCCAGGAGUUAUGCUAUCGGUGGAGCGGUUAUUUUCGCUAUCUUCACUGCCCUUCGUGCAAAGGCGAUUGGAAAGAGCUGGCAUGCGUAUAUACCUGGCGGGAUCGCCGUGGCAGUUGGCAUGUACAAUGUCCCAUCUUUCACAUUAGCAAGAACUAUUGGUGGUUUGAUAAACUGGUACUGGAGGAUAUAUCUGCGAAAGGAUGAUACACCGCUUAUUAUCCUUGCGUCGGGUUUCGUUCUAGGAGAAGGAGUUUUGAGUAUCGUCAAUCUGCUAUUACAGAGCUCUCGAGUUCCUCACCUCUGAAAACAGUAGCACUGGCCAAUCGGGGGGUUUACGUAGUUCAGCCUGAAAUAAUCAUACGAUGUUUGGUCUAUCUAGGUAGGUAGUAUAUAUUUGUCCUAUUUCUUAGUUUAUAUUACUACUUACCAAGCGAUCUCGGUAUGCUUACCAAAUGGUAUAACUGGAGAACAUGAGACGAUGAUAAGGACAGCAUCAAGUAGCAUAGUAGCAUAAUAUUUGGAUAUACAUAAAUCCAUCUUUGUAUGGGGCAGCCUGGUCCCGACGAUCGGAUAUCAUCUAAUGUACCAGGAAAUAUCCGGGCUUGUGAUCGCCCGAUCUCAGCCGGAGCCGUGGUUUUGUGGGCUGAUUUUGCCCCCGCAUUUUAAGUUCCACAGCCGGCGCGGGGUCUUAAUAUAUCGGUGGUAUCCCUCUCGAAACGCGCGGG